GCCAAAAUGUCUGUAUGUACCACUCAUAAUCAAAAUGACAGUGAUAUCCUUGAUAUUCGUUCUUCCCAAAAGAAUUCAUCAUUGAAUGUCCUCUCCCACAGUAGCCAGUUUAAGCUGCAUUUGAAAUCAAAUAUGUCAGAAUGUGAAAAUGAUGAUCCAUUAUUGAGAUCUGCAAGUAAAAUUAAAGACAUAAAUAGCACUUAUGUUAUUUCUGCCUAUAAAAAAGCAGGAGAUCUACCUCUAACCCCUAAACCUGUAGGUAGAUUAACACUUCAGAGAAGAGUUACAAGGAACAAAGAAUUAUCUUUGCUUGGUGGUGAGUUGGGAGACACUACUGAAAAAACAUCUGAAAAACGUCUUACGUUACAACGUCGUGAUAAAGCAGAUUCUGGGGAAAAAUGGAAAACCAUGCAGAAAAUGGGAGGUGAAGCAGAAAAUAAUGGAGCUUCACAGGAAACUAGUAGCAAUGUAAAGAUUGUAAAUACUGAUAAGAAUGCUUUUGUUGCAUCUUCUGUAACUUUAGCUGAAGACUCAAAAAACAUUGAAACAAUGACUGAUAAAAAAUACAGAGAAACAUUUUCUGUCCCUAAUGAUGGAAAUGAGAAUGUUACACUUAAGUACUUAAGUAAUAGAACACCCAUUGGUUCUGGGAGUCCUACUGAAGUUGUUAGAUCAGGACACUUGACAACAAAACCUAUGCAGAGCAAGUUGGAUAUCAAAGUAUCUGGAACAGAAAAGCUGUGUCAUAGAAGUAUUGGGAAGGACAUUGCGAAAAAUUCAGUUAAUAAAUUGGGAACCUUAGAAAAAGGAAGAACUCCCACAAAAUGUAUAACAGAACACAAAUUGACACCAAAGUAUAGUGUGCCUCCACCUAAGAGCCCAGCUGUGUCAAUACUGAAAAAUAGGCUGCCCAGCCUUCAGGUUAAACAAAGGCCAAAAAGUUCUCUACUAGUACAUAAAAAUGAAAGGUCACAAGAAAACAUACUUUCUCCUGAAGAAACCACAGCUCAGAACACCUAUACAGAAACACAUGCCUUAAAAGUAGAGAAUAGUCAAGUGACGGUGGCAGUACGCAUAAGGCCUUUCAGCAAGAGAGAAAAGAUGGAAAAAGCAUCCCAGGUUGUCUUCAUGAAUGGAGAGGAAAUAACCGUGCAACAUCCUGACAUGAAACAAGUUUAUAGUUUUAUUUAUGAUGUUUCAUUCUGGUCUUUUGAUGAACGUCAUCCUAAUUAUGCUGGCCAAACAACUGUUUAUAAGACACUAGCAGUACCACUCCUAGAAAGAGCCUUUGAGGGCUACAAUACCUGUCUCUUUGCUUAUGGUCAGACUGGCUCUGGAAAAUCAUAUACAAUGAUGGGAUUUAAUGAAGAACCAGGAAUAAUUCCAAGAUUCUGUGAAGAUCUUUUUGCUCAAGUAGACAAAAAACAAACCCACGAGGUCACCUAUCACCUUGAAAUGAGCUUCUUUGAAGUAUAUAAUGAAAAAAUUCAUGACCUUCUGGUUUGCAAAGGUGAAAACGGGCAGAGGAAGCAACCUCUGAGAGUACGAGAGCAUCCUAUUUCUGGUCCUUAUGUUGAAGCACUGUCAAUGAAUGUUGUCAGCUCUUACUCUGAUAUCCAGAGUUGGCUAGAACUGGGAAAUAAACAGAGAGCAACUGCUGCUACUGGUAUGAAUGAUAAAAGCUCCCGAUCUCAUUCCGUUUUUACCCUGGUUAUGACCCAGACCAAGACAGAACUUGUAGAAGGGGAAGAACAUGAUCACAGAAUCACGAGCCGCAUAAAUCUAAUAGAUCUGGCAGGCAGUGAGCGCUGCUCUACAGCUCACACUAGUGGAGAUCGGCUGAAGGAAGGUGUGAGUAUUAACAAGUCCUUGCUAACUUUGGGAAAGGUUAUAUCUGCACUCUCUGAACAAGCGAACGGAAAGAAAGUUUUUAUUCCUUAUCGUGAAUCUGUUCUUACAUGGCUGUUAAAAGAAAGUCUGGGUGGAAAUUCAAAAACUGCAAUGAUUGCUACGAUCAGUCCUGCUGCCAGCAAUAUAGAUGAGACGUUAAGCACACUGAGAUAUGCUAAUCAAGCCCGUUUGAUAGUCAACAUUGCCAAAGUAAAUGAAGAUAUGAAUGCUAAGUUAAUCAGAGAAUUGAAAGCAGAAAUUGAAAAGCUAAAGGCAGCUCAAAGAAACAAUCGGAAUAUUGACCCUGAACGAUAUAGGCUCUGUCGGCAAGAAAUAACAUCCUUAAGAAUGAAACUGCAUCAACAGGAGAGAGAUAUGGCAGAAAUGCAAAGGGUGUGGAAAGAAAAGUUUGAACAAGCUGAAAAAAGAAAACUUCAAGAAACAAAGGAGUUACAGAAAGCAGGAAUAACAUUUCAAAUGGACAACCACUUGCCAAACCUUGUCAAUCUCAAUGAAGAUCCUCAGCUAUCAGAGAUGUUGCUAUAUAUGAUAAAAGAAGGAAAAACUACAGUUGGAAAGUAUAAACCACACUCAAGCCAUGAUAUUCAGUUAUCUGGGGUGCUGAUUGCUGAUGAUCAUUGUACUAUCAAAAAUGUUGAUGGAACAGUGAGUAUUAUCCCAGUUGGGGAAGCAAAGACUUACGUAAAUGGAAAACAUAUUUUGGAACCCACAGUAUUACAUCAUGGUGAUCGUGUAAUUCUUGGAGGAGAUCAUUAUUUUAGAUUUAAUCAUCCAGUAGAAGUCCAGAAAGGGAAAAGACCAUCCUGUAGAGAUACUCUUAUAAAUGAGGGUCCAAAAGACUUUGAAUUUGCAAAAAAUGAGCUGCUCAUGGCACAGAGAUCACAACUUGAAGCAGAAAUAGAAGAGGCACGAUUGAAAGCAAAGGAAGAAAUGAUGCAAGGAAUCCAGAUUGCAAAAGAAAUGGCUCAACAAGAGCUUUCUUCUCAAAAAGCUGCAUAUGAAAGCAAAAUAAAAGCACUGGAAGCCGAACUGGAAGAAGAGUCUCAAAGGAAGAAAAUACAGGAAAUAAAUAACCAGAAGGCUAAUCACAAAAUUGAGGAAUUAGAAAAGGCAAAGCAGCAUCUUGAACAGGAAGUAUUUGUAAACAAAAAGAGGUUAGAAAUGGAGACUUUGGCUACAAAACAGGCUUUAGAAGACCACAGCAUCCGCCAUGCAAGAAUUUUGGAAGCUUUAGAAACUGAAAAGCAAAAAAUUGCUAAAGAACUCCAAGUUCUACAGCAGAAUCGGAAUAAUAGGGAUAAAACAUUUACAAUGCAGCCAAAUUGGAGCUCCAUGAAACUCUCAGUGAUGAUUCAGGAAGCCAAUACCAUCAGCAACAAAUUAAGAAAACACUAUGUUUUUGACAGGCAUGAUGUAUCGGAUAAAGGAAGUUCUGAAGCAUUGGUUCAGGUUCAGGUUCGUAACCUGCAGCUAGGGAUCUCAACUUUCUGGAGUCUGGAAAAGUUUGAAUCUAAGCUUGCAGCAAUGAAAGAACUUUAUGAGAGUAAUGGUAAUAACAGGGGUGAAGAUGCCUUUUGUGAUCCUGAAGAUGAAUGGGAACCUGACAUUACAAAUGCACCAGUUUCUUCACUUUCUAAAAGGAGGAGCAGGAGUUUGAUGAAGAACAGAAGAAUUUCUGGUUGUUUACAUGACAUACAAGUCCACCCAAUUCAGAAUUUGCAUUCUUCACACUCUUCAGGCUUAAUGGAGAAAUCAAGUACCAUUUAUUCAAAUUCUACAGAAUCAUUUCUUCCUGGAAUUUGCAAAGAAUUGAUUGGUUCAUCAUUAGGUUUUCUUGGACAGAGUUAUGAUGAAGAAAAAACUAUGGCAGACAGCCUCACUUAUAACUUUCUUAAAAUUUAUAAUGGCAUAUUUGCCAUUUUCAAGGCUCAUGAAGAACAAGAUGAAGAAAGUCAUGAUAACUUGUACUCUUCUGAUAGAGCAACCCAGUCCUAUACUAUCCAGAUAGCAUGUGCUUUUGGGCAACUUGUGGUGCUAACUCAACACUGGCUGAAUGAUUUUUCACCUUGUAUAAGCACAGCAAGGCUUGAAGAUGAAUUGAGACAAGAAGUUAAGAAGCUGGGAGGCUAUUUACAGUUAUUUUUACAGGGAUGCUGUUCAGAUAUUUCAUCAAUGGUAAAAGAGGCUCAAAAGAAAGUGAUUCAAAUUAUACAGCAGGCUUUAAAGUAUGUGGGACAAUUAGUGGUUCUGAAAGGGAGCAAGCUACAUUUUCUGGAAAACAGUAACAACAAGGCCAUCAGUCCCCAGGAGGAUUUUAUGGAUGCUAUUUGUGAUGGUAUAGCCUUAGGAAUGGAGAGUCUAUUAGCUUCUGGACUGGAAAAAACAAAAGAACUUCAGCAUGAACUCUUAAGGCAGUAUACACAAAAUGAGGUUAUGAAACAGAUGAAAACUAAUGCCAUGGAAUUGAUUUGUUCUCUUGAAAAUGUUUUUGCUGAAUGGAAAAGGAAAAGUUUCAGAGCUCAAGUACAAGAAGAAAACUGUGAAUACAAAGAUCUGAAGAAGAUGUUUAACUUUGCUUCAGAAUUCUUGAAGUUAAAACAUUGCUUAGAACAAGCUAUUCAAAUUAUUGUUUCUGCAUUGAGAGGAUCCCACAGUGAUGUAAAUCUUCUGAAGAAUUGUGUUGAAAGUCUCUGCAACUUGGCCAGUGCUUUUCAUGAUUACUUCAAUGUACCCUCUACUUCUGUCAACAGCUAUGACAAUAGAGUAACUCAAGUUGGCCACAGAGAGCUAGAAUCUCUAGCCAAGUCACUUCUCUUAUGUUUUGAAUCAGAAGAAAGUCUGAAUUUGUUGAAACCUGGGGAAACGUGUAAUCAAAGUACCAGAGAAAAGCAGCAAUCUGAAUCAAGUAGGAAUAAAGGUGUGUCAGAGAGAGUCUAUGAACUCCAUGGCUUGGCUCCAGCAGUGAGCUCAAAAGAAGGCACAUCCAGUAAGAUUCAGUGGGUGUGA